AUGACGGUCACUUACACGGCCAGAGUUGCAAACGCUCGCUUCUGCGGCUUCUCCAAGCUGCUCCUUGCCUGGAGGGGAAGUAUUUACAAAGUUCUGUACAAGGAGUUUGUGGCGUUCUUUGCCAUGUACGCUGCCAUCAGCAUCACAUACAGAUUUUUCCUUUAUGACGAACAGAAGAGAUAUUUUGAAAAGCUCGCCAUUUACUGUAACCAUUACGCCAGUCUCAUCCCCAUGUCUUUUGUGUUAGGGUUCUAUGUGACUCUGGUGGUGAAUCGCUGGUGGAGUCAGUACACCUGCAUCCCGCUCCCUGACCAGCUCAUGUGCAUUCUCUCCGGUGGCCUGCAAGGCGGCGAUGAACGCGGCCGUUUGCUUAGAAGGACAUUGAUGCGUUAUGCGAGUCUGUCCGCACUCCUCAUCCUGCGCUCCGUCAGUACCGCCGUCUUCAAACGCUUUCCCACCGUGGACCAUGUGGUGGAGGCAGGAUUCAUGACAAGAGAGGAGAGGAAGAAAUUUGAAAGUCUCCAGUCCCCCUAUAACAAAUACUGGAUCCCCUGUGUUUGGUUUACUAACCUGGUCGCUGUGGCUCGCUGUGAGGGGCGGAUCAAAGACGACAACACUCUGAAACUUCUACUGGAGGAGCUGAACGUGUUCCGGGGGAAGUGUAGCAUGCUGUUUCACUACGAUAUGAUCAGUGUUCCUCUGGUCUACACACAAGUUGUGACUUUGGCGGUGUACACUUUCUUUCUAGUUUGUUUAAUCGGUCGUCAGUUUUUGGACCCGGCUCAAGGCUAUCCCGGCCACGACCUCGACCUCUACGUGCCCAUCUUCACCCUGCUGCAGUUUUUUUUCUAUGCUGGGUGGCUCAAGGUGGCGGAACAGCUUAUAAAUCCCUUUGGUGAAGAUGACGAUGACUUUGAGACCAACUGGCUCAUAGACAGGAAUUUUCAGGUCUCCAUGAUGGCGGUGGAUGAGAUGUACAGUGACCUGCCGCUGAUGCAAAGGGACAGAUACUGGAACGACUCAAACCCCCGGCCGCCGUACACCGCUGCCACAGUCUUUGUUCUGAGAAAACCUUCUUUCCAAGGCUCCACCUUUGACAUGGCGCUGCCUAAAGAGGAGAUGCACUUCCAGCCUUUGGAGAACAUUGCUGAAAAUACAGAGGAGUCGAGCAGUCGUCAGUCAAACAUGGCUCUGUUGAACCGCCUGCUGAACGUGGCGCCCAGCUCCAGCGGGCUGAUGGGAGGAGCACUGCGCCGCACCUCAGCCCAGCUCCAGAGACUACGGCAGUAUCCCAGUGUGGACCCCAGCAUCAGCGACGACGACGAGGCCUUCACUAGGAGCGUUGGGGAACCUCUUCUCGACAUGCAGUUUGGAGAGGAAACCCAGGAGCUGAGGAUCGAGGAGGAUGGAGAUUCACUCAAACAGGCCCCAUCUAUGAGGUCCCUGCUGCUUCCACCUCAGCCCCAAAGCACCAGAGCGGUCUCUGCCAUCUCCCCACGGUCCUGUGCCCUGCUCCAGCCCAUAGACCCCGCCCACCUGGACCACAGCAGCUCUCAGCCAGUCAUCAACCUGAACCCCUCCACCCUCAGUGCCAUCAGCCCUCCCUCGGGAGCAAACGGGACGUCCUGCUCCCAGCCCCAGAGAGCGCGCAGUGUGAGUACGGGAUUAGAAACGGCCGCACCACAACAUCAUGAGGACUUUACUCAAAACUAG